AUGUCAUUCUAUACGGACCCUUUACCGAACGGGACCAAUGUGAUGAACCCAUACUCAUUAAAUUCCACAACCCUACUUCAUUUGUUCUCCGCAUGCAACGAAAUUCUCCACAUUCCGUCGAACAACGAAUUUCAGUUGAAAUAUUAUGGUCCGCUUCCCGAUCUGGCCAGACCACCUUGGUUGCAGAUUUACAACUUCUUUUGGGAUGUGGUAUUUGUGGGGACAGUUCUUUUGGCCGGAAUUACCGGAAAUGUACUCAGCUGUUUCGUCCUCAUUCGUGACCGGUCGCAUGGCACGACGAGCCUGAUUCUCACUGCACUGGCAAUAUGUGAUACUAUGUUUCUUGUCGGAUGUCUGUUCUUCCAGUUCUUACGUACGCUGUCGUUCUUUGUGUUGUGGAUAUCCUACAUCAAUCUAUAUGCCCACACCAGCAAUGUGCUUUACGGCUCCGGGAUGGCUGUUCGUAUGAUGCGUAAUUGGAUGGUUGUCCUCGUCUCUUUGGAACGGUGCAAAACCCCUAUUCUGCACUGGGGUGCGNCAUACACGUGGGACCAGCCAGACUUGCCCGUGGGUACCUUGAUCUACCACAGUGUAGUCAGACAGUGGGUUCAUGAUAGUUAUGUGUUCCGCUUGGCUUAUCGACUCAUUCUAUAUACAGUGGUAAUUGUUACUCUGCCGAAUGUGAUUAUUGGUGUGCUGAAUGUCCUACUCAUUCGAGGUAUCAAGUAUGCAAAUGCGAGGAGAGCACAAAUCAUGGCUCGAGUGGAUUGUGCAAAUCGACACUGUAACUGUACUUCACUCCGUGUCGAACAGGAACAUUCAUCUCACAUAUCCAUCUCACAGAACACGAACCCGGAGAAUCAUGCCUAUUUUGUACGUGUAGAGAAAUCCACCAGAUCACGGACAGGUGAAGUCAACAGACUUUGUGUUGGUGUGAUUGUUAUUUAUUUGGUCUGUGAACUACCUGCAGUAGGUUAUCAAGUGAUUUAUUUGUUACAAAAUCGAGCCGCUAUCGAUCUAACACGACCAGUCACCAAUGCUUUGGUCUGCUUGAAUAGCGGUGUAAAUUUCUUCAUCUACGUGUUUCUCGGUCGUCGUUUUCGGACGCAGCUGAAAGAUCUUUUCCGCAAGUUGUGUGCCCGAUGCCGUCCGACCCGGGACGAUCACGGUCACGUGAUUCAUUCGGCGGCCUAUCAUGGAUCAUUCGGUCCGUUCACCACGAAAGAUGGGGAACUGUGUAUGCUAAAUGCAAUGGGAACCGCACGGAAUCCGAGCGACAGUCGGGGAANCUAA